AUAGCUAAAGUCACAAAGUGUUGGGAGGGAAGGGGCUAGCCGCAAGAGAAGGGUGGGGUCCAGAAGGGAGAAAGCUUAAGGGGAAGGAUGUGAAGCAGGGUCAGGGCCUGAAACUGUCUCCAUCUUCAGCUCCAGGGACCUGGCCAUACCAAAAACAUAGGCAAGAAUGGCAUCUAAGCAGCAACGAAGCACACCCACUGAAGAGACAAUAAAGUCACAGGAAAGAAAUUUGAUAAUCACUGAAACCCUGUGGGAGCAGGUCUUGAAUCCCUCAAUGCUAAGGCUCGUAAUUGUAAUGCCACAGGCUCGUAAGCGCAGGUUUGGCCUCUCCCGUGGGCUCAGUGUGAUGCAGUUGUGCUCUGAUCUGCCACGGUGCUAAUGGCCUUUAAAGGAAUACAGAAGGAGCUUCAGGAAGAUGCUCGGAUUCGAGGCAUGAGCACCCGUUCUGUGGCACUCGCCCCACCUGUUCCCCCCAGGACUGGACAUGACCCUGCCUAAACCAAGAUCUGGAAAAGAAGCUUCAAGCCUCCAGAUCUCUCUACAACCCCAAAUAAGAAUCACAGCUCAAAUUCUGGAGAGAAGUCAUCGGAAGCCCAUUCCUACACACCCGUGACCAGCCAGGCUUCUACCCUAGACUCUAAACUUUGUCAUCAAGGAAUGUCUCCUGUGUUUCUUCCAGGGCCUAGCUCAGUUGCCUGAUACUCAAGGCUAUGAGACAAACAUCAUCAUUGCCAGAACCUACUGGCAGCAACUGUGAACUAGACAUCACCUGAGAGCCAGGCACAUCCUGACUGCCAAGAUAAACAAUGGAAGAAAUAAAUGUGAUGUAAAACAAAGGGUCAUCAGAAGUUGUGACUACGAAUGUCCAAGCUUUGGUGUCUCUGGAUCCAGCUGAAGUUACAUGCACACAUCCCUCUACUUGGCCACACUCACAGGAAAUAGCCGCAAAUGGCCUGGAGCAACCACAGCGUUGUCACGGAGUUUGUUCUCACCGGGCUCUCUGACGACCCCCUGAUCCAGGCUCUCCUUUUCGCGCUGUUCCUGGGCAUUUACGUCCUCACCAUGACAGGGAACCUGAUGAUGCUGCUGGUGAUCACGGCUGACUCCCACCUCCACACGCCCAUGUACUUCUUCUUAAGCAACCUGUCCUUCCUGGAUCUCUGCUUCUCAUCCGUCACGGUACCGAAGCUGCUGAAGGACCUCCUGUCUGUGAAGAAAACCAUCUCUGUGGAGGGCUGCCUGGCUCAGGUCUUCUUCGUGUUCUUUUCUUCUGGCACUGAAGCCUGCCUGCUCUCCGUCAUGGCUUAUGACCGCUAUGCUGCCGUCUGCCAUCCACUGCUCUACGGCCAGGUGAUGAGAAAUGAGUUGUGUGUAAGGCUUGUCUUAGUCUCAUGGGGCGUGGCCUCUCUCAACGCAACCAUCAUAGUGCUCUUGGCUGUCAACCUGGACUUCUGUGAGGCUCAAACCAUUCACCACUACACCUGUGAGCUGCCUGCCCUCUUCCCCCUGUCCUGUUCCGAUAUCUCCAUCACCAUUGAUGUCCUGCUUUGCUCCAGCUUAUUGCACGGGCUAGGGACCUUUAUCCCUAUCUUCUUCUCCUACGUCCGUAUUGUAUCUGCCAUCUUGAACAUCAGCUCCACCACGGGGAGGAGCAAAGCCUUCUCCACCUGCUCUUCCCACCUGGCUGCAGUGACCUUGUUCUUUGGGUCUGGAUUUCUUUGCUAUCUCAUGCCCCCUUCUGGAUCUUCCCUGGACUUGCUCUUGUCUUUGCAGUACAGCGCAGUCACGCCCAUGCUGAACCCCCUCAUCUACAGCCUGAAGAACAAGGAGGUGAAAGCCGCGGUGAAGAGGACCCUGAGAAAGUAUUUGCUUUAGGUAGUAAACUGUAAAAUUGUCUAAUUAUAUUCUUUUAUCAUA